CCCCUUUGGAGUCCCCCGCGUGGGUGGCGGGUCUUCGCAAACAUGGUCGCUCCGAGAUCUGUCCUUGGGCUGGUGCUGCCUUUAAUCCUGUGUGCGGACAGAAGUGCAGGCACUGGUUUUCGUUUUGCUUCAUACAUCGAUAAUUACAUGGUGCUGCAGAAGGAGCCUGCUGGGGCAGUGAUAUGGGGCUUUGGUACACCUGGUGCCACAGUGACAGUGACCCUGUGCCAAGGUCAGAAAACCAUCAUGAAGAAAGUGACCAGUGUGAAAGCACACUCUGAUACCUGGACGGUGGUACUGGAUCCUAUGAAGGCUGGUGGACCUUUUGAAGUGAUGGCACAACAGACUUUGAGGAGAAUGAACUUUUCUCUGACAGUUCAUGAUGUGUUAUUUGGAGAUGUCUGGCUUUGUAGUGGACAGAGUAACAUGCGGAUGACUGUGUUACAGAUAUUUAAUGCUACAGAGGAGUUGUCUAACACUGCUGCCUAUCAGUCUGUCCGUAUCCUGUCCGUCUCUCUCAAUCGGGCACAGCAGGAACUGAAGGACCUUGUUGCGGUUGACUUGAAAUGGUCUAAGCCCACCUCAGAAAACUUAGGCCAUGAACAGUUCAAGUACAUGUCAGCAGUGUGCUGGCUCUUUGGGCGUCUUCUGUAUGACACUCUGCAUUAUCCCAUUGGAUUAAUCUCCUCUAGCUGGAGUGGGACACCCAUUGAAGCCUGGUCAUCUGGAAGGUCACUGAAAGCCUGUGGGGUUACUAAACAAGGGUCCAUUCCGUAUGAUUCUGUAACUGGUCCCAGUGAGCACUCUGUUCUCUGGAAUGCCAUGAUCCAUCCGCUACAUAAUAUGACCCUGAAGGGGGUGGUAUGGUACCAGGGGGAGUCCAAUAUAAAAUAUAACACAGACCUGUACAAUUGCACAUUCCCUGCGCUCAUUGAAGACUGGCGCCAAACCUUCCAUUGUGGCUCCCAGGGGCAGACAGAGCGAUUCUUCCCAUUUGGAUUUGUCCAGUUAUCUUCAUAUUUGCCUGAGAACAAAUCAGAGGAUGGAUUUCCCUGGAUCCGCUGGCAUCAAACAGCAGACUUAGGCUAUGUCCCCAGCCUAAAGAUGCCCAACACUUUCAUGGCUGUGACUAUGGACCUCUGUGAUAGGGACUCGCCUUUUGACAGCAUCCACCCUCGAGAUAAACAGACUGUGGCCUAUCGGCUACACUUGGGGGCCCGUGCUGUGGCUUAUGGUGAGAAGAAUUUGGCCUUUCAAGGACCACUGCCUGGGAAGAUAGAACUCUUGGCUCAUAAGGGGUUGCUUAGCCUCACGUAUUACCAGCAAAUCCAGGUACAGAAGAAGGACAACAAGAUAUUUGAGAUCUCAUGUUGCAGUGACCAUCAGUGCAAGUGGCUUCCAGCCCCCAUGAACACCUCCUCCACCCAGAGCCUGACCUUGACGAUCAGAUCUUGUCAUGGCACUGUGGUUGCUGUCCGCUAUGCCUGGAUCACAUGGCCUUGUGAAUAUAAGACGUGUCCCCUGUACCACCCUAGCAGUGCCUUGCCAGCCCCUCCCUUCAUUGCUUUCAUAACAGACUGGGUUUCUGGACAUCAGAGCAAGGUUGCCACCUAACAACUGCAGUGUGAUUAGAACGUAAAUGUAAGGGUAGGUCCUUUAGCUUUUGACAUUUAGGAGUUUAAAUGAUGACAAUUGUUGCUUUUAAGGAAAAUUAACAGAAAACCUCAUUGAAUGACUUCCAGUUAGCACAUGGCUGUUUCUGUAUUCUGAGGUGAACCAUAGCUGGUAGCCAACUUGAAAUGCUUGCUUUUUGUCCUCUAGUUAGUCUAAGGAUCUGUACUGAACUAAUUGUGAACCACAGACAAAUUGGACCUCAGUGUCAUUCACUUCCCUCACAUCAAUGGGAGUGAAAUGUUUUAACACCUUUGCCCCUUUUAUCCAGAAUUUUGGGAUCUCAGGGUUGGAAGAUUUUAAAGACCAUGCAGUCAGGCUAGUGUUUGUGUUCUCUACAAAAUCUCUGAGAAGUGGUUAUUGAAUCUCUGUAUGAAGUUUCUAUUCUACUUUCCAACAGUUUUUCCUUAUGUGAAAUUGAAAUCUUUCUCCCAUGAAACCAUACUACUCUUACCUCUUCAAGCCCAAAACAAUUCUGUUCCUUCAGUCUAAAUCAUGAUAAUAUGCAUGUUUAAAACAAACCAGAACCAUGUGCAGGCAUUUUGGGAGGUGCUAAGGAACUGCUUAAGGAAUGAAAAGAAAGGGCCGGGUGGUGGUAGCCCAGGAAGGGCACUCAGGCUGCUAGUAACAUGAGGGCUGGGAAACAUAGGCUUAGGAAAACACGAAUGUAGAAGUGACAGAGGCAACGGGUUGUUCGAGUUACAUAAAAAUCUCAGGAUCUUUUAAAGGUAAAAGGUUUCACUAAGGAUAAU